AUGGGCGGGGCCUGGCGGGGACACCGCUGGGGACCGCCCGGGGCGGGGCUGCGGCUGCUGCUGCUGCUCGGGGCGCUCGCCACGCUGGCCACAGCCCAGGUGACCUCGGAGGACCAGGAAGUGCCAGAGCACAAACCCGUGGAGCUGCGCUGCGCCGCGUUCCGCUCCAGCUCGGGCAGCGCCCGCAUCGAGUGGAAAUUCCAGAGGGACUCAUCCCUGACACUGAUCUACUACGGGGGGGAGCUCACAGAGCCGUACCGGGACCGUGUCCAGUUCUCGCCCACGUCCAUCCGCUUCGGCUCGGUGACACGGAAGGACAGCGGCAAGUACAUCUGCGAGGUGGUGGGGGAUGGCAGCCACAUCGCCAAGUCCGAGGUCAACCUCAUCGUGCAGGUGCCCCCGGGGAAGCCGCUGGCGCACGUGCCCAGCUCUGCCACGGUGGGUGCCCGCGCUGUCCUGCGCUGCUCCGAGGCUCAGGGCUCGCCCCCUCCCACCUUCCGCUGGUACAAGGACGGCACCGAGCUGCCCCAGGACCCCAAAUCCAGCCCCGCCUUCCGCAACUCCUCCUACAGCCUGGACCCGCGCACGGGGGAGCUGGUGUUUGAGCCCGUGGGGGGCUGGGACACGGGUGAUUAUCACUGCGAGGCCUCCAACAACGUGGGCAGCCCCCAGAAAUCCGACGUCUUCCGCAUGGAGGCCAGCGAGGUGAACGUGGGCGGCAUCGUGGCCGCCGUGGUGCUGCUGCUCCUGUUCCUGGGGCUCGCCGCCUUCGGCGUCUGGUUCGCCCACAGGCGCGGCUACUUCAGCAGGAAGAAGGUGAUUUACAGCCAGCCCUCGCGGCGCAGCGAGAGCGAGUUCAAGCAAACCUCCUCGUUCCUGGUGUGACGUCGUCCCCGCCGCCCCCGGACGCUUUUCCCCAAUUCCCGGAAUUCCACGGGAUUUGGGG